AUGGUAAUCCUCCGACUGAAGCUACAACAGGCUAAAGCACUGAUCUUGGUACAGGUUUAUGAGCCAAAUUUGGAAGGAGAAUAUGAUACCUUCCUUGAGGAAGUGCAGUAUGCUCUGUCCGAAGUGCCGAACACAAAAUUCCUCAUACUGAUGGGCGAUUUUAAUGCGUACGUCGGAUUAGACGCUGAAAAUUGGAACGGCGUGAUUGGGAAAAAACGGCCCUAG